UUAGUAACCAAAGAACUCAGCAGAAGCACAAGCUGGAAAGCGUCGCGGUGGGAGCCCUGAUGCCAGCCUGCCUCCCAGCCGAACUUGAGGCUUGGCUGGGGAAUGAUAGAAGCUCAGAAUGGGAAGGAACUGGAAGAAGAUUUGGAGGAUCUGGGAGGCAUCAAUGAGAAACUCAUAAGGCAACACCAGCUUCCACUUUCAGCACAGUCAGCCUUCAGCUACAUCCCACCUCGACGCAAUGACCCCAUUGAACUCAGCUAUUUUCACCAAGAGAGUAAGCCAGGAAUUGUUUCCAUGUAUGACUGCAUCUUUAAAAGACCCGUUGGCUAUGAUCCAAAACUUCAUCGGUGUGAUAGAGAACAUGCAAAAAGCAAAGGACUUCAUAUUAACAAUGAGGAAAAAGCAAGGCCCGUGGCCAUUUUGUCCUCCUCUGAAUAUGGGCGACGCAUCGAAAAUCCCGUGGAUGAGCAUUCUCGAGACCACGUACGCAUUAACCGCAUACAGGCAGAAUUUUACAGAAAAAAUGGAAUAACAUGCUUGAUAGAAAAAUCCACCAGAAGUGCUGAUCCAACCUAAGGCUGUCAAUGGCAAUCCAGAGCAGGAAGGUCUGCUUUUACCUGCUGUCAAUUCAAACAGAACAUCGUGACUCUGCUGCUCAGUUCUUCCCUAAAAUUCAGUCACCUAUGACUUUUUUUAAAAAAAGACACUCACUGCAUUUGGACAUUUGCAUAACUAGGAACCUGCAUGAAUGCUGCACUCAUGCACACAGCAUAAUAUCAGAAAAUAAAACUCAUGGAAGUCUCCACAGCUACUUACAUAAAAAGUGAUUUCAGCCUUUCUUUUUUCAGAGAAAAAACCCGCUUGCUAAAGUAGCCACAUAUUUCAUCAGUGGGGAGCCAUCUCCUUUACUUGUUGUGACCUACUAAAAAUAUGGCAGUUAACAGCUUUGAUUCAUAAAGCGAUCAAGAAUGAAGCAAGUGGAAGCGCCUUUUCUUGUUUAACAGGUUUUCUCUUUUGGAAACAAACCCCUAUCUUGUAAAUUGCAACCAUGUCUAAAUACAGCAAACAAUAAACACCUUCAUCUCUGUG